AUGACGAGAAAGAAACCAGGACUGGGCACCAAAUCCCAGCCAAAACAGCCGAUUCCAGUCGAAGAACGGCUCAGACGGCUGUUCAAAUCUCUCUGUGCACAGAUAGACGGUGGACAUUUCACCAGCGCUAUCAAGACAUGUCACAAGAUCCUUCGAUUGGAUCCUACAGAUGGGGAUGCACUGCAAACGGAUACAGAACAGUAUGAGGCCGCCCUAUCUCUCAUAGGUGAUGACGCAUCUGGCCGUCGCGCAUUCGAAAAAGCCUAUGCUUUGUACCGCUUCCACAAAGAAGAAGAGGCAUCCAACGUUUUGCAAAGACUGAAGCAGACUCAGAAGGACCAGCGUGGCGUGCUCCACCUGGAUGCUCAGCUCAAUUAUCGCCAGGGAUCAUACCAAACCAGUCUCGAACUGUACAACGACCUGAUUGAAACUGCUGAUCCCCAAUCGGAAGAAUAUUCAGAUGUACUGACAAACCUCACUGCCUCACAGAAGCAUCUCGACUUCAUCAACACCGGAUUUCUGCAUGAGCUGGAUGCAUUACCCACAUCGGUCGUCUCGGCGAUCGAAACAUUACCUCCUCCCACUUCUCAUCCGACCCAGGUUCUCCUGGAAUCACGUUCUGCGCAGAACAAACAGUUGGAGGAAGAGCCACCAGUGACAAAGACGAAAACAGUAAGGAUGAAACGUGUACCCAAGGGCGUCAUUCCUGGCGUAACGCCUCCUCCUGAUCCGGAACGAUGGUUAAAGAAGAGCGAGAGAUCGAACUACAAUCAAGGAAAAAAGCGGAAAGGUGCCGGUGGAGGAGCGACACAAGGUGUCGUCACGGACAGUGUGCUUCCUCCACCCAGUGCCGCGAAAGCCGGGGGUACUUCGAAAGGGAAGAAAAAGAAAUCGUGA